AUGAGACUUCUCCUCCUGACUUUGCUGGGAAUCUGCUGCCUCACCACGUACAUUGUAGCAGGUAAGCCAAGCGGCUUUCAUCUGGAUAAAGCACAGUUGGGCUCAUAUGCUGGGGUUGACUUGCGUUUUGAUUGCAAUGACCUGCUCGCCCCAGGUGUGGGGACUGAAGUCCUAGAAGAGACCAUCUGUGUGAACUUCAAAUCCCAGCCGCUGCCAGUUCAAAUCAUCAAGACCUAUUCCACCAGGGAGGGCAUUGUGAAAGCGAUAAUUUUUGUUACCAAAGGAGGACGAAAAUACUGUGCUGAUCCGCAAGUGCAAUGGGUGAAAGACGCAGUGAAAAGUGUGGACAGCAGGUCCAGGGUCAGAAAGAGCAUGGCUAAAACCAUCCCCAAGAGAGCCCAGAGGACCAGCAGCAUAGCUACAUCCCUGGCUGGGAAAUAGCCUCCAGGACUAGCCGAGCAGCUCAGCUCAGCUCACAAGCUCAAGGACUAAUUAUGCGGGACUUACUUUUAAUGAAAGUGUUGCAUGAAUAAAGUUAUCAUUAUUUUAAUGGCAU